AGUCUUCCUUAAUGUCAUGAUAGGUAGGAAUCACAGCCUUGAAGAGAAAGACCACGACAGUUUUCAGAACAUGAUGCCCGCAGACCAGUGCUCUCCUGCUCUGAAAUGGCAACCAUAUCAAAGUGUUCCUUGGCACAGUUUAUUAAAUGGUCAUUACGAAAAAUUACCUGAUAUAGGCUAUCAAGUUGUCACAGACAAAGGAUUUACUUUUUCACCAGCAGAUGAAGCUUUUGUUUGCCAAAAGAAGAACCAUUUUCAGAUAACCAUCCAUAUCCAAGUUUGGGGAAGUCCAAAAUUUGUCAAAACCCAAGUGGGCUUAAAACCAAUAGAAAUGUUUUACUUGAAAGCUUUUGGAGUUAAGUUAGAAGCCAGCAAUCAAAUAAUCGCUAUCGAACAGUCCCAAGCAGACAGAAGCAAAAAGAUUUUCAAUCCUAAUCGACCUGCUGGCGGACCAGGUCACCAAAGUCACGCUGGGCCGGUUACACUUCAGUGAAACUACAGCAAAUAACAUGAGAAAGAAGGGAAAACCAAAUCCUGACCAGAGAUACUUCAUGUUGGUGGUUGGACUGUAUGCUGCUAGCCAGGACCAGUUCUAUUUGUUAUCUGCCCACAUCUCUGAACGGAUCAUUGUAAGGGCUUCUAACCCUGGGCAAUUUGAAAAUGACAGUGAUGCAUUAUGG